CGGCGAAUGCCAUGACACUCUGUGGUCUCGUGGGCGGUGGCACCACUAUUCCCGGCGUGGUGCUCCAACUGGCUCCCCCGUGGUUGGGGUAAGAAGUGGGAGACUCCUAAGCGGAAGUUCCCUUCGCCCCGGUCCAAUCCCCAAAUGAACAUCAGCUGUGUGCUUCUGGCGAGUGAGGAAUCACGCCAGAAAACAGAAUGUGCAGCUCAAAACCCAUAUUGGAUGUCACCGUUGCUCUCACCAUUUCCCUUUCGUCUGCAAAGGUGCAGCAGCUGUGGACAUCUCGGAGAAUGAAGGGUCUCUUUGCUCCACAGACCUCCGGCAAGCCUGGCGAUUCGCCCUUGGGGAGGACCUCGACCUUGUCCUUGCCCUUGUCGCUCUCUCUUCGGUCCGUCCCCGGCUCGCUCCCCAUGUCGAGAUCGCUGUGGGGGAUGAGCCACCCCGGAUCGGCUGCACUGCCGAAGCCUGCCGGCAUCUGCUUGCUUUUCCUUUUUGUUCUCUCGUUCGCGAUCGCGAUCGGGGAGAGCACAAAAAAAGAAAAAAAAGGAAAAAGAAGGAUGGGAAUCUGAGAUUCGUGAUUACGGGUUCACCUGAAACCGAGAUUUGCGAUCCACACACCCGC